AUGUCGUCCUUCGAUCCUACCAAUGCCAACUUGAACUCUGCCAGCAAGGAGGAUGUCUUAUGCUACCUAGCCAUCGAAGAGAACCAGUACAAUGGCCAUAUGGGCGCACGCAUCUCCUCAAUCUUCGUGAUUCUCUUCGUGUCUUCUGCCUUCACCGUUUUCCCAGUAAUCUCCAAGCGAAUGACGCGAUGGAAGAUUCCUUUCAGCGUAUACAUCUUUGCCCGAUACUUCGGCACGGGUGUCAUCGUUGCCACGGCCUUCAUUCAUCUCCUGGAUCCAGCCUACAAACGAAUUGGCCCAAAGACUUGCGUCGGCGUAUCAGGAUAUUGGGGUGAAUAUUCCUGGUGUGCAGCUAUUGUUCUAGCUACAGUAAUGGGCAUCUUCCUUCUCGAUCUAGCAGCCGAAGUCUACGUCGAGCACAAAUACGGUGUGCAUCGAGACGAAGGUGCUACAAGCGCUUUCAUCCAGCAUGAACAUCACCUCGACGUACAACCUGCUCCCGAUGCCGAGAAGACUGUACAAGCAUACAACGACGAAAAAAAGAACCAGACCUCCGGCGAAACCGACUCAACCAUCGCUGAGCGAUCUUUCCGGCAACAGAUAGCUGCUUUCCUCCUACUUGAGUUCGGUAUCAUCUUCCACUCCGUCAUCAUUGGUCUCAACCUUGGUGUGACCGGUUCCGAAUUCGCAACCUUAUACCCGGUCCUUGUCUUUCAUCAAUCCUUUGAAGGAUUGGGUAUCGGCGCCAGGAUGUCUGCCAUUCCAUUCGGCCAUCACACCUGGCUUCCCUGGAUCCUGUGUGCUGCCUACGGUCUGACAACUCCGAUUUCGAUCGCCAUUGGUCUAGGAGUUCGGCACACGUAUGCUCCAGGUUCGAAGGUGUCAUUGAUUAUUCAGGGUGUGUUGAAUGCGGUCUCGGCCGGUAUUUUGAUUUACACUGGUUUGGUUGAAUUGCUUGCGAGGGACUUUUUGUUCGAUCCCUGCCGGACUAAGCGCCGCUCUCGGCUGUUGUUUAUGGUUGCGUGUACACUGUUGGGUGCUGGUAUCAUGGCUUUGAUUGGAAAGUGGGCUUGA